AGUCCAGAGAUCUUCGGAGUCGCUGUUCGGUGCUCGAGGAUUAUACAGCAAAAUAAGCGAAAAUGGCGGCCACCGUAGAUGCUGUGAGAGAAAAAGCUCUUCAAGAUUAUAGGAAAAAACUACUGGAGCAUAAGGAGGUGGAGUCUCGCCUCAAGGAGAUGCGAGAUCACCUCAAAGACUUAACGAAGCAGUAUGACAAGUCAGAAAAUGAUUUGAAGGCAUUACAGAGUGUUGGCCAGAUCGUUGGUGAAGUCCUGAAACAGCUCACGGAAGAAAAAUUCAUUGUCAAAGCAACAAAUGGACCAAGAUAUGUUGUUGGAUGUAGACGUCAAUUGGACAAAAACAAGCUAAAGUCAGGAACUAGAGUUGCUUUGGAUAUGACAACUCUCACAAUCAUGCGUUACUUACCCAGAGAAGUUGACCCAUUAGUUUACAAUAUGUCACAUGAAGAUCCUGGUGAUGUCACAUACUCCGAAAUCGGAGGUUUAAGUGAGCAAAUUCGAGAGUUGAGAGAAGUAAUUGAAUUGCCAUUAUUGAAUCCAGAACUCUUCCAGAGGGUAGGUAUCACACCUCCAAAAGGUUGUCUGUUAUAUGGACCACCAGGUACUGGAAAAACAUUGUUGGCACGAGCUGUGGCAAGUCAACUGGAUGCCAACUUUUUAAAAGUUGUAUCUAGUGCUAUUGUUGAUAAAUACAUUGGCGAAUCUGCUAGAUUGAUCAGAGAAAUGUUCAACUAUGCCAGGGAUCAUCAGCCUUGUAUUAUAUUUAUGGAUGAAAUUGAUGCUAUCGGUGGUAGAAGAUUUUCUGAAGGAACAAGUGCUGAUCGUGAAAUCCAGAGGACCUUGAUGGAGUUGUUGAACCAAAUGGAUGGUUUUGAUUCUUUAGGGCAAGUAAAAAUGAUCAUGGCUACGAACAGACCUGACACCCUAGAUCCUGCUCUGCUACGACCUGGUAGAUUGGACAGGAAAAUAGAAAUCCCACUGCCAAAUGAACAGGCUAGACUGGAAAUUUUGAAAAUUCAUGCUAAUCCUAUUGCCAAGCAUGGAGAAAUAGACUAUGAAGCUGUAGUGAAAUUGUCUGAUGGAUUUAAUGGUGCAGAUUUAAGAAAUGUGUGUACAGAAGCAGGACUUUUUGCAAUACGUUUAGAAAGAGAAUACGUUAUUCAGGAAGACUUUAUGAAGGCUGUUAGGAAAGUAUCUGACAAUAAGAAACUGGAAUCGAAAUUGGAUUACAAACCAGUAUAAAACAAAUGCUUGGUUGUCUUCUUUUUUAUUAUUAUUAAAAAAUUCACGCGGAUAACACAUGAUUUAUAUUAAUAAAUAUUUGUAUUAAGAAAUAAAAAACGUAAUUUGUCUCCUUAA